GUUGAGAAGUCAGUAAAACUAUUGAAAUCUUGCAUCUUCUGAGGUCGAUAUAGGCUGCACCAUGGCCAAUCCCUUAGAAUUUUAUCUAGCUGAAACAGUCAUGAGUAUUCUGCAGCAAGAAUAUGUCUCGAUCACACGUCACAUAAGAGGGGUAAUAAUUGAAGACAAAGUCGAAAUCAACCGACGGCAUGGGACCAGUGCAGCCGUGACUCCCUUUCUCUCAAAUGUCUUAAGCUCCUCCUCAUAGCUCCCCUCCUGACGCCUUUUCUCCAGCACAUUCAAGUUAAAUUUCUACUAUAGAACUUCGCAAGUGUUACCCCUCAGCUAUCGAGUUAAUAGGUACGGUACCUAGACGAGUAGACAUUCACGAUGGCAGACGAGUCUAUGACGACGUGCGAGGGCAUGCCGCCAGACGGCAGCAUCGCGAUCGCCAACUGGGGCGGCGACAACUCGGCUAUCUACUACACAGACACGAGCCACGGCGUCCGCCAGCGCACUUACGAUCGAGGCAGAUGGGACGGCGGCACUACGUCCGACAUCAUCUUCACGGCCAAGACCUCAACACCGCUCGCUGCUAUGCAAUGGUUCUCCAAAAAGGAUAAUCCCGCAAACGACGUGAACAGUAUCCGUUUCUACCACCUCGAUGACAUGUGUUACAUGAAAGAGAUGUGCUGGAAUGGUGGCAUCUCAGGAUGGCCCGCGGCCACCAAAGCAAGCGCGGGUGGUUGGUUCGGCGGUGAGCUUAACCAGCACUCGGCCGUGACGGCGGGGAAUUCCAAGAUGGCUUCCGUAUACUGGGCCAACUACCUGCGAGUCAUAUACCAGGCGCCCGACGGCUCUCUGCGCGAGCACUGCCGCGAUUACAUGCAGCCGUGGUACGCUGGAAAAAUCCUCCCUUGCCCUGCCGGUACUCGGCCGUAUAGCGGCACAGCCAUCGCGGCCGUGUCUCGAAACCCGUCGGCGCCGGAGGUUUUUGUCUUCUUCCAGUGCGAGGACAGCAAUGUGUACAUGGCCAAGUACAACGGGGCGUGGUCAGUAGGCGGUCCGCUAUUCAAGGCGCAGAGGGGAUCGGGGUUAGCAGCGGUGAUUCGGCCAAGCGAGAAUGCAAUCCAAGUCUUCUGUGCAAACGAAUACGGCAUUCUGACGAAGCACAAAGGGGAGCCUGGGGAGUGGAAGACCACCCCUGGUACGCAGGUUCUGCUGGAGAACACGGCGAUCGCGGGGCGCGUAUACAAGCGCAGGGCGGACCAGAAAGAAAUGGUCGCUCUGGUCUUCGUGCUCAAGGAUAACGGGCUCUCCAAGACCGCGGCGUACAGUACCGAGCAGGGCAGGAGGGUGUUGGAGGGUAGAAACGUGUCGACCUUUUUGAAUCUAACUCAUAAGUCGUAUCAUGAAGAAAAGGGUUUUGUAGGAGGCGGGGGAUUUGACGACGACUAGCGGCUUUGUUAGUAUGGAAUGUACUUAGAUAUUAUCCUUAACAAGCGUUGCUGCCUUGGUUGUUUUGAAUUGUAUACCUUGGCAAUCAGUUUCAACUAGUAACGCCUGGCUUCUAUCCUCAUACGAGGGCCUUAUUUUAGCUAACAUCUUCCCCUUACACCUAUAUAUCCCUUUACCCCUGACAUGUAGGUAGAACAUAGGACGGAUUCAUAUAGUACCGAAUGAAUAUGCC